UCUUCGAUGACUGCACACAGACUCGUCGGAGAGCCUCCUCCAGUGACAUGGAUCUCCAGGACUGGAUGUCCUUGCUGCCCGAGCAGCUGUGGGACACCCCGCUGACUCACCUGGCCAUACCUGGGAGUCAUGACACCAUGACCUACAAUCUAGACAUCUGCUCUCCUCUGGUGAAGUCGGAGCCUGACUCCCUCAGACGCCUGGAUCAAUUCUGCUGCUGCUUCACCAGGCCGGUCAUCUAUCGGUGGGCUACCACACAGGAUAAAACUAUGGAGGAGCAGCUGUCUUUGGGGAUUCGCUACUUUGACCUGCGUAUCGCACACAAGCCUGAUGAUGAAACCACAAACCUCUACUUCAAACAUGUGAUUUACACUUACGAUGUGGUCCUGGACACUCUGGCAUCCCUCGCCGCGUGGCUGGACUCCCACCCGAAGGAAAUCGUCAUCUUGGCUUGUAGCCACUUUGAAGGCAUGGACGACAAACUCCACCGGACUUUUAUUACAUCUCUCAAGAAGCUCUUCGGGUCGAAGCUUUGUCCAAGACAGGGGUCAUCGUUGACUCUGCGAGGUCUGUGGUCAUCUGGGCACCAGGUUAUAGUCUCCUAUGAAGCACCGAUUGCGUACCAGUACCAGGAACUGUGGCCAAGCAUCACGUACUGGUGGGCCAACCAGCGCACGGCUGAAGAACUCAUCAGCUACAUGGAGAAGAUGAAGAGAGCUGGACGACCCUGGAGCUUCUUCGUGACCGGCUUGAACUUGACCACUGAUCAGAAUUACAUCAUCAUGCACCUGCUACAAUCUCUGCGGACGCUGACCUACGCCGAGUGGCCGCGUCUGCAGGACUGGGUGGCGCAGCAGACUCCAGGAUCAGAUCCUCAUAGUCUCAACAUCAUCGCGGGAGACUUCGUGGGUCCACUUGCACUCAGCCGCCUGGUGAUCGACCUCAAUAACAAACUUCUGCAGAAGAACAGCAGGAAGAUGGACGAGAUUAACAUACAUUAACAUUAAACAGCUUUAACUGACUCCAGAACAGCAUUUGAACAAACAUGAAUAAGGUUCGAUGUUACAUUUCUACUGUGUGAAACUGUGAAGGUGAUUGUUUACCAGAGCUACAGACUAGUUUGUCAUGCGAACACAGUGCAACAUUGAGAUUGACUGUCACGCUCUCUUGUUGCUCCAGAUCAUGAAGAAACUUUCAAUGAUGCAAAGUAGUGUUAUCAGCC